GCGAGGAAUUUUACAGCCGCAAGCUUCAGGUGACGGAAACUCGCUGGGGGGGGUGGGGGGGGCUGCAGUUUGCGGGCCCCAACUUCAGGAUGCGGGCAGCACAUGCGCACCUCGAGACUGCACGCUGCAGGAGGUGGCGGCCGUGACGCGGGGAGAUGCAGCGACUUGAUAAGCAAGAGCCUCUCCUUCCUCCUUCUCUCGCUUCCGCGUGUUCGCGUUGCAGGAGCCACUUCCUCCAGCCGGCAUCGAAGAUGGACAGCGAGGGCCUCCCGGGAGACGUGGCCGCGCUCAUCAAGGAGAUGGACAAGUUCCUGAGGGCGAUCGCCGACGAGAAGAUGGACGUGAAGACCAAGGUGCUCAAGAUCUCGCUGCAGAAAAGCGUGCGACUCUGCCGGGAUCAGUACGGGCUGAAGCCAACUCAUCGUGACGAGGAGGAGGAGGACGAUGAGGAGGAGGAGGACGAGGUGAUGUACGACGACACGUGUGGAACCUCGUGGGCCCACAACAUCGCUCCGGCGCCGCCGCUCAAGUGGAAGAACAAAAGCGUCGUUCCCGCGGCCGGUGCUCCCGGCCAUGAAAACGCCAUCAAGGAAGGAUAUUUGGAAGUCAAGAAGAGAGACGCAGGCCGGGUGGUCGUGGGCCAAGCGCUGAAUGCUUUCUGUGUCCUCACCGCACGGGAGCUGCGCUUGUACGGCGACAAGAAAGACAAAAAUCUGUGCGGCUCGGUGUCGCUCGCUUCCUGCCAGGUGAAGCAGCGUGGCGCUGGCCACCAGGAGCGCUGCUGCUGCAGCUUUCACCUGGUGGCACCGGACAAGACAUCGCACGAGUUCACCGCGGCGUCAGUGAAGGAGGCCGACAGCUGGGUGGAGGCCAUCGAGAAGAUGACCGGAGAAACGUCUACCAGGGCCUGUGGGACUGCAAGGCCGACGCGACGGACGAACUCUCCUUCCGCCGGGGCGACCUCGUCCACAUCGUCAGCAAGGACUACGAGAAGUGGCAGUGGUGGGUGGGCGAGCUGGACGGGAAAGUGGGGCUCGUGCCGCGGGCGUUCCUCACCGCGGCGUACGAGGUGUGACGCACGCGCUACUCGAGAGAGACGUCACGCGCGGAUGGAGAUUCACAACCACCAGCGGAGCCGGCCAGAGGAGCCCGGGGCAACUCUACCCGACGCCUUCAAACUAAACCGAAAUAAUUGCAUCUGACACCGUGACGUCGAAGCGCCCCCCAGCCCCCCCCCCCCCACCCCCAAAGCGCGGGGCCCCGGGCGUAACCCCUAGAGACGGCUCUGACAACCACCACCCCUUACUUUAAACAUCCAAAUCAUUACGAUAACCACCACCCCUUACUUUAACCACCAAAUCAUUACGAUAACCACCACCCCUUACUUUAACCACCAAAUCAUUACGAUAACCACCACCCCUUACUUUAACCACCAAAUCAUUACGAUAACCACCACCCCUUACUUUAACCACCAAAUCAUUACGAUAACCACCAUCCCUUCUUUAACCACCAAAUCAUUACGAUAACCACCAUCCCUUACUUUAACCACCAAAUCAUUACGAUAACCACCAUCCCUCAUUCUGACCACCAUCCCGAACUGCAAGCACGAACCUAAAUCCCAACCACGCACUUACACACAGACGUAUACAUUCACACAGAGACCCAGAAACUUACAGAGAGACUCGCAAACUCACACAGAGACCCAUAUACUCACACAGAGGCCCACAGACUCAUAGAGAGACCCAUAUAA